AUGUCGAAUUACAGCCCAAACACUCAGCCUGGCGGUUACCAGGGCGCUCCACCGAACUACGCCAAUCAACAGCAGCAGUAUGGACAGUCAGGCCACACGCCCAAGGCUGGCGGCAUCUUUGGGCAGAUGAUGAGUCAGGCUGUCUCUACUGGAAAGCCGAUGGUGGAUAAGCUAGGACAGACAUUGAGCUCGAAGCUUGGAAACAAACCUGCCCCUGGCCCUCCUCAACAUCUGCAGAGUUACCAAAAUUAUCAGAGCCACCAGAACCCCCAAGGCCAAGGCCAUGGUUAUCAACAGCAGCAGUGGCAGCAGCCUCAACAGCAACAGCCGACUCCGCCGACCAACUCUUACACUCCUGUACAGCCCUCACUAUACCAGCCAAACUAUUACUAUGGAGCCUCGACUGCUGCUUCGCCAAUUCAGAACUAUUACUACCCGCAACAGAGCCCUCCCCCUCCACCACCAGUACAAGCGACUGUUGCACAACAGCCACUGAGCGCGCCAGGUUACAACACAUCUGAAUAUGGACAAGGGCAGCAGGGCCAGCUCGGACAGACAAACGCUAUACAACCUCAGCAAUACUUUCCGCAUGAGCAGCAGACUGCAUAUAGCAGUCAGAAAACUGCGUUUACAACCGGAGGCCAGACUGGGUUUCAGCCACAGUCGGGAUAUCCUCCGGCACCACCAGUGCCACCGCAUCCAAAAAUCUCACCACCAGAAUCAGCAGUAUCUCCAAGUCAACAGUCGCAAUGGGGGUAUGAAAAAGACCAUGCUCCACAUGCUGGCCAGCAACAACAAUCAUAUUCGCCUGUGCCAAACACGCCAUCCCAACAGGAGCUACAGCAUCAACACCAACCACAGCCAAAUCUGCCGGUACCAAACACGCCGUAUCAGCAAGAGCAGAAUCAACAGCAACAUUGGCAUCCCAUGUCACCUGCCAGUCCAGGAGCUCAGGUGGAGAACUCAAUUCCUCUACCAAUAAGUCCUCCACCGCAGCACAAAGAUGCACAAGUACAGUUGCCACCGACCAAUCUCACACAUACGCAGCCAUCUACGCCAGCCCCUCCUCAAAGCUCCGUGUCUCCAGCUGCACCUACCGAAUUCACCGCUGAAUUGCCCGCCGACUUGGCAAACUUGAACUUGGGAAAUUCCCCUAUUGGCACAAAAGCGAUUACUCCAUCCCCACAGGAUCUGGUGCAUAGUCCUUCCACUCAAGCUGCUUCACCAUCCAAAGGUUUUACAGUCCCCCCGCGAAAAGCCAGUGCUAGUAGUGUACCGCUUGCAGAUCCUUGGAGUUUCGUAGACCCAGUUACAGAAACCCCGACUCGAGAAUUUUAUAUCUUAGCUGAUUUGUUGUUUGAUGCCCUGGACCAAAACUUUGAGCCGCGAAACUCUGGUUUGUUGGAAGCGCCUAAAAUUUUGGCAAGUUGGAUCGAUUUGCCCGAGGAUGCGCGCAAACUUUACUCAUACAAUGGGUAUACAGCCCUUGCGCAUCAAUUUGGACUGGAAGGUAUCCCGCACGUCAUGAUUCCUGUGCAGCCUCACUUGGCGCCCAUAUGGAAUUUUGAUGAGCAGGCGCAUGCUGAAGAGCUGAAGAUAUCAGAGCCGCUCUCUGCUACAUCGUCGUACGCAACAUACAUACCCGCACUCAACCGUGCUGGCUGGUACAAGUUCUUCUUCCUCGAGAUUAUGCAGAAUCCCGACGAGAUUUCCACAUUGAUGCCAGCGCUCUGCGCAGACACUUACAAGCCUGGGGUACUCAAUCACCCGGACUUGAGCAAAAGGGAUAAAUCCGAGAUUCAGGCCCUGCGAUUACGCGCCGACGAAGUGCAGACACUUGCGAUCAAGCGCGUGGGCGACGAGGCGAGGACCGCUAUGAUGCUUGAUCCCAAUAUUCCUGUGUCCAGUGUCGUGCAGGCCAGAGAAUCUCCAGCAGCGUCUGGAACGCUAGAGCCUGGCUCGCCUGAGGAUAUAGCCGUGCGGAUGCAUCGAAUUCAAGCAGAGCGGCAGUUCAACGACAUGGCAGUGAGGACGGUACUUGGCGCAGGUAUCACGUUUGGACCAGCAGGUGGCUACUCAGGCGGAUAUGCCAGCUUAGUAUGA